AUGAACCUUUAUUUUAUUCUGUUUAUUCUUGCUACCCUUUCUAGCCAAACGAUCUCUGCCUGCAAUUUUCUCAAGAGAUCAUCAAAUAUCCAGCAAGAAAGCUGUAUUGAGAUCAUAUAUCCAGCCAAACGCGUCACAUGGGAAACAGAUUCAUUUCAUACAAUUACAUGGAAGACAAACGGAAAAUGUUCGCAACCAAAGUCAAUCUUUUUGAUAGACAAUGCUCAACAGCACAAACAUGCACACCACGUUGCACUAUUCCACCAAAUCGACGUCUCUUUAGGCUACGUAUUUGUGUUCAUUCCAACCCGUGUCAAGCAAACAAGGCAACUUCUCGCUAUCGGAACGGAAGGCGAUAACGGACUUGUAACAGUAGAUUCAGUAACUCUGAUUAACAUAGUCACCAAAUAG